GUGGCGAUGGAGGCGCUGGGGCUCGGCGCGCUCACCCCGGAGCAGGCGGCGGCCCCGGUCAACACGGUGGAGGAAAAAUGGAGACUUCUUCCAGCAUUUCUAAAGGUGAAAGGACUGGUGAAGCAGCACAUAGACUCAUUCAACUAUUUCAUCAAUGUCGAGAUAAAGAAAAUCAUGAAGGCCAAUGAAAAAGUCACAAGUGAUGCUGACCCAAUGUGGUACCUGAAGUACCUCAAUAUCUAUGUGGGUACUCCAGAUGUGGAAGAAAGCUUCAAUGUGACACGACCUGUAUCACCUCAUGAGUGCCGCCUGAGGGACAUGACCUAUUCCGCACCGAUUACCGUGGAUAUUGAAUACACCCGAGGCAGCCAGAGGAUCAUCCGCAAUGCCUUACCCAUUGGCAGAAUGCCUAUAAUGCUGCGUAGCUCCAAUUGUGUACUCACUGGGAAAACUCCAGCAGAAUUUGCCAAACUAAAUGAGUGUCCAUUAGAUCCAGGUGGCUAUUUCAUUGUUAAAGGUGUUGAAAAAGUCAUUCUUAUUCAAGAGCAGUUAUCCAAAAACAGAAUCAUUGUUGAAGCUGAUAGAAAAGGCACAGUUGGCGCUUCUGUUACCAGUUCCACUCAUGAGAAGAAGAGCAGAACAAAUAUGGUUGUGAAACAAGGAAGAUUUUACCUGAGGCACAACACCCUGUCAGAAGAUAUUCCCAUUGCUAUCAUAUUUAAGGCCAUGGGUGUUGAGAGUGACCAGGAGAUUGUACAGAUGAUUGGCACAGAGGAACAUGUGAUGGCUGCAUUUGCUCCUAGUCUGGAAGAAUGCCAAAAAGCUCAGAUUUUUACACAGAUGCAGGCAUUGAAGUACAUUGGAAACAAAGUACGAAGGCAAAGGAUGUGGGGAGGCCCAAAGAAAACAAAGAUGGAAGAAGCCCGAGAGCUGCUGGCAUCAACCAUUCUGACCCAUGUGCUCGUGAAGGAAUUCAAUUUUCGUGCCAAGUGCAUAUACACAGCAGUGAUGGUACGCAGAGUAAUUUUGGCUCAAGGAGAAAAUAAAGUAGAUGACAGAGACUAUUAUGGAAAUAAACGUUUGGAGCUGGCAGGGCAGCUCCUUUCUCUUCUGUUUGAAGAUUUGUUCAAAAAAUUUAACUCUGAACUGAAAAAGAUUGCUGACCAGGUGAUCCCCAAGCAGCGUGCAGCUCAGUUUGAUGUCGUGAAGCACAUGCGGCAGGACCAGAUCACCAACGGCAUGGUCAAUGCCAUCUCCACAGGAAAUUGGUCUCUAAAGAGAUUCAAGAUGGACCGCCAAGGCGUGACACAAGUCUUGUCCCGCUUGUCUUACAUAUCUGCUCUGGGAAUGAUGACCAGGAUCUCUUCUCAGUUUGAAAAGACAAGGAAAGUGAGUGGUCCUCGAUCGCUACAGCCAUCUCAGUGGGGGAUGCUCUGCCCUUCUGACACUCCUGAAGGAGAGGCCUGUGGUUUAGUUAAAAACCUUGCCCUCAUGACUCACAUUACUACGGAUAUGGAAGAUGGCCCAAUUAUUAAAUUAGCCAGUAAUCUUGGAGUUGAAGAUGUCAACUUGCUCUGUGGUGAAGAACUUUCAUACCCAAACGUGUUCCUGGUUUUUCUUAAUGGUAACAUCCUUGGUGUCAUACGUGAUCACCAGAAAUUAGUCAACACCUUUCGGAUCUUGCGUCGAGCAGGUUAUAUUAACGAAUUCGUUUCCAUCUCUACAAAUCUGUCUGACAGAUGUGUCUACAUUUCCUCUGAUGGAGGGAGAUUGUGCAGGCCUUACAUAAUUGUCAAGAAGCAAAAACCUGCAGUUACAAACAAGCAUAUGGAAGAACUGGCUCAGGGCUACAGGAAUUUUGAAGACUUCUUGCAUGAAGGCCUUGUCGAAUAUUUGGAUGUGAAUGAAGAAAAUGACUGUAACAUUGCCUUGUAUGAAAAUACAAUCAAUAAAGAUACAACCCAUUUGGAGAUAGAGCCUUUCACACUUCUGGGUGUCUGUGCUGGGCUGAUUCCAUAUCCUCACCACAACCAGUCCCCAAGAAACACUUACCAGUGUGCCAUGGGGAAACAAGCCAUGGGUACUAUUGGAUACAAUCAAAGAAACAGGAUAGAUACUCUGAUGUAUCUCCUUGCCUAUCCACAAAAGCCAAUGGUAAAAACAAAAACAAUAGAAUUGAUAGAUUUUGAGAAACUCCCUGCUGGACAGAAUGCCACAGUCGCUGUGAUGAGCUACAGUGGCUACGAUAUUGAAGAUGCUCUUGUCUUAAAUAAAGCCUCUUUGGACAGAGGCUUUGGAAGGUGUCUUGUGUACAAGAAUGCCAAGUGUACACUGAAGCGAUACACGAACCAGACGUUUGACAAAGUGAUGGGGCCGAUGCUGGAUGCAGCUACCCGUAAACCCAUCUGGCGCCAUGAGAUUUUAGAUGCUGAUGGGAUCUGCUCCCCAGGUGAAAAAGUAGAAAAUAAGCAAGUUCUUGUGAACAAAUCUAUGCCAACUGUGACCCAGACACCUCUGGAAGGAAGCAGUGUGCCUCAGCAGCCACAGUACAAAGAUGUGCCAGUAACGUACAAAGGUGCCACUGAUUCUUACAUUGAAAAAGUAAUGAUUUCAUCAAAUGCAGAGGAUGCUUUCUUGAUCAAAAUGUUGCUUAGGCAAACCAGACGCCCAGAAAUUGGAGAUAAAUUUAGCAGUCGUCAUGGGCAGAAAGGGGUGUGUGGACUGAUUGUUCCUCAGGAGGACAUGCCGUUUUGCGAUACAGGGAUCUGCCCAGAUAUCAUAAUGAACCCUCAUGGCUUCCCAUCGCGUAUGACGGUAGGAAAGCUGAUUGAACUCCUGGCUGGAAAGGCUGGGGUGCUCGAUGGCAGAUUUCACUAUGGAACGGCUUUUGGCGGCAGUAAAGUUAAGGAUGUGUGUGAAGAUCUUAUUCGCCAUGGUUAUAACUACCUAGGGAAGGACUAUGUAACAUCUGGGAUCACUGGGGAGCCUUUGGAAGCAUAUAUCUAUUUUGGUCCUGUGUAUUACCAGAAACUGAAGCACAUGGUGUUGGAUAAAAUGCAUGCAAGAGCUCGAGGACCCAGAGCAGUGCUCACCAGGCAACCCACUGAAGGUCGAUCCCGUGAUGGUGGUUUACGUCUUGGAGAGAUGGAACGGGAUUGUUUGAUAGGUUAUGGAGCCAGCAUGCUUUUGUUGGAGAGACUGAUGAUUUCAAGUGAUGCCUUCGAAGUGGAUGUUUGUGGCCAGUGUGGCUUGCUAGGGUACUCUGGAUGGUGCCACUACUGCAAAUCUUCAUGUCAUGUGUCUUCUCUGCGCAUACCUUAUGCCUGUAAACUCUUAUUCCAAGAACUGCAGUCCAUGAACAUCAUACCUAGGCUCAAACUUGCUAAGUACAAUGAAUGAACAAGAUGAAAAAGACGGCAAAAAAGUACCUUAAGGAAUUAUAUGAAAAUCCAGCAUAUCUAACUAGGAGUUGUUUUGGUAAACAGGAAUAAACUCUAAAACCUGAGUGAAGGGAGGUGCAAGACAGUAGGAAAUCUUUCUUACCUCCUUGUUUUUAAGCUGUCAGUGAAAUAUACUAGGAGCAGUUCUGAAGCCUUGAUUAGUCAUGAACAGGACACGUGGGAAUUGAGGAAUAAGGCCAUGGUCCAGCAAAGCGCUUGGAUCGCUUCAAAAAAUCCCAUGCUUGUGUUUGAAAAGGUCUUUGCUGGGUUAGGUCAUAAGCAGAGCUAAAUACACAUCUUAUUCAUAGAGGUUAAAAAUGUUUUCCAAACCAUUGUAAUAAAUGUUUUAAAUAAUACUGGCUGAAUAUGUUGACAGUUGUGUAAGGAUGGUAAGGUGUUAAAAUGUCUAAACCAUUUUCUCUUCCUAAAACAGUUCAUUAAAGUGUUAAAAUUUUCUAAAAUAAUGUCAAUGUUAGAGAAAUGAAACUAUUUUCUCAAGGGCUUGAGAUCAGACAUUUUGAGUGAGGUUUCAACAUGCAGGUGCAUUUGUGUGCCGGCAGUGGUGUGCUUGUACAGGUAGUAUGCUGUCAACUAAAUGUACGCAUUUUCCAUGAAGUGUAGGGGAGGAGGUAACUGCAUAUGUAGCAAGUGCAUGAUACAGCACACAGAUACCCAUUCCAUUCCUACUGAGGGUAGCAGAUCUGAUAAUACACUGGCUCAAAGUCCUGAAAAGACAGGCUGCAAACACUAGGUAAUGAUCAUUACCUAGUGUGCUGUCAUAGGACUCUAGAACUUUUUUUAAAAUAUUAGCAUAGCCAAAACAUUUUAAGAACAAAACAAAAUCAAACCUAUGAAGAACAACAAAUCAUUCACUGACAGUGAAGCAGGUUUGAAUUACCUGAAAGGAUUUAGAAAGGGAACAGCUGGAUAUUUUUUUCAUUAGGUCUAAGGCCUAGAACUAGAGCAGUGGAUAAACUAAGAAUCAUUUAGUACUCUAAACUGACAAAACCUUACUCAGAAAAGCAUGCAGUUAACUUUUUAAGCAAAGGACUUCAACAUGCAUAGACUUCCUUCAGUGAAAAGCAGCACUCUGGGUCAGCGAGCAUACAGAGCACUGCCUAUGAUGUAGAAGUCCUGAGAUGCUCUUUGGCUCCUCAUAUGGCUGAACUUUGUGUGUUGGUCCUGACGAUCCUGCUGAUCCUGACACUGCUCAUGCAAUCGUGUUGCUGUUGUUCUCUUAGCUCUGAGCUUAGAUGAUUAUCAGCCUGACUAGAUUUCUUUUUAGCCUUCCACGACAUGCUUAAACUUAAACUUUUGUGUUUGGGCUUAAACACCAAGCCUGAAGAAAUACAUUCUACUUUCUUUCUCUUUUUUCCCCCCAUUUUUCUUGCAAUUGGACUGGUGACAACACAGAUGUCAACACAGCACAACUGGAUUGGAAAAGCUCUUGAAGCACCUCUUUCAGGAUCCAAACAGUUCAGGGUUAUUUACAAAAGAGUUUUAAGAGAGUGAGAGAGUGACAUCAUCCACACUGGAGGAAGAGGUUAACCAAAAGCCUCAACCGAAUGAACAACCUCUCCUUUGGUGCGUGAGAUGGCCCAGCUGCGGCUCAGGAGCACCAGCAGAGGGAGUGAGCCUCUAAGGCUACGGCUGCUGGGGGGCACCACGGAAACCUGCUGAGGACAGGGAUCCUUGCUCCCUAGUCCUCUCCCAGGUGGUCUCCUGGGUUGGGUGGUCAGAGCUGCAGGACAUGAAAGACUAAGCAAUGUGUAUGUUGCACGUGUGGAAAUUGAAGCAGUAACAGCAGAGAUGGACGAGGAACAAAGAAUGUGCUCAUGAGUAACCUCAUUGAGAGAAAAGGGCUGUGUGCAGCCCUGAGGAGGAACCUUGCAGCUCAUUCACCUCAAGCUGAUGAAAGCAUGGGGAUUAAUGGAUUUUUGAGGGUGAAGGAUAUCCUGUAAUAGCUGAGUUUUAGGAAGAAAGGAGCAGCAUUAAGAGAAUGAUGGAUCAAGUAAAAUAUAGAAACUAGACGUGUCUGGCAGCAUGUGAGGGUCACCCACUAUCAGCUGCUCUGGUGAUACCUACAUGGGCUGUGUUUGUACAUCACUGCUGCCAGAUCUGCACUCAGAUAAGCCUGUGUCUACGCUGGAGGCUUAUUUGAGUGCAGAUCUGGGUUGAAACUCUGACACUUAUUUUUUUACGUCUCUAGGAGGCAGCCUAUAUUCCAUCAUAAUUGACACCUACAAGUAAUCUCUUGGCAAUGGAAUAAGCAUAACAAAACCAGCAGCAGAAAUAGAACAAACGGCUAUGGAUUCCUGGAAUAUGGUUGCUCAAAGUGGCAAUUCAUUGAAGGAAUCUUAGUGUAGUCAGGAAAAAAUUAUAAUGCAUGGACUGAUGAAGUAAAAUACAGAACCCCAGAGCUGUCACAUUACUUUCCUCUGGUGAGCCUCAUCCUUGCAGCCGUUUGAAUUCUCUUCCCAGACAGCCUCCCCUCCCCCCCCUUUAUAUACUGUGUAUGCCUUCAGAAAAAAGUCUUAUGUCAGCUCCUGGCUGCACUGCUGGAGCUGGUAUUGCCCAGAUCAACCCUGCUGUCACUGUCUAACUGCUAAAUUAGAUACCAUAUUCUGAACAACACCUGACAAAAUCUGAAGGCUUUAGGUCUAAGAGCUAUACCUAGAAAAGUACCAUAAGGUUUCCAUUCCAUUGCAACUUCUUUAUUCCUUCUAUAUAGUGCCCAGGUCUUGAGCAUCAGUCCCAGCUGCAAUGCCAGAUGCAAUCCAUUUUCUGAUAUGAGCUAGAGGUGUGUGCUGCUGUUGGAAAAGAUGCCUAACUCCAUGUAGUAUAAGUUAUCACUUGCUUUGCAGAUAAAGGGUUAAAUGCUGUGAAUAAUGUACAUGUCCAGCCCUGCUGUUUGGUUGUGAGAAACAGAAUGAAGCCAGGGCUGAGCUGCAGAAUGCUAUGGGGUAGAGAGCAAAGCACAGGGCUUCUGGCUAGUCCAGCAGGCACCAAAACAGGUCACUAGGUUCAGAGUUCAGAGAAACAGCUUCACUUCAAAACUUUUACAUAACUCUUACAGGUAUUUAAUUUUUUUUUUUUUAAGGUAAAUGUAUCCAAACAUAGAAAUAAGAACAAACUGUAAGGGAAAAUGAAACCAGACUGGCCAAUUUUGGCAUUCAAAGAGGAUAUAUUAUGAAAUAAAGGCAUACUGAGAUGUAAUAAUUUUAAGAUGAAAGUAAAGGAAGGGCUUCCACUAUGCACAAUUGGUUUUGUUUGUAAUGCCCACAUCUCGUGAAGAGUUUUUCUUACAAAGAAGCUUCAGUGUGCAGCAAAGAGAGCUUUUUAAUUUGUUGGACUCCUUAUUUCUUGCUUAAACAGGGAGGAAAACCAGUGAAAAACAUAGACUCAUGAUGAUGAGAAAUUACUGUGUCUUUUCUCAUGUUUUCUAAUGGUAAAUAGAAAAAUAUAUGUGGUUUAUAGCAAAA